CUCCAAAUUCCUCCAAACCCGUAGGCGCUGAAAACUGAAGCUUCAUGACCGAUGAGGAGGCUUCUGCGUUGAGCGUUUCUCGGCUCGCUCGACCAUGACGCUCUCUUCCUCCGCCUUCAACGCCCUGUUCAAGUCCUCCUCUCGCAUCUCUUGGAAAUCUACUGGGAAGUUGCAGCAGACCCUCGCCGGCAGCAUAGAGAAGUCAGGCGUCGCUCUGCACUCGGGUAAGGUCUCGAGGGUGACGGUACGGCCGCAUCUCGCCGGCGGCGGCAGGUGUUUCGAGUUCCAGUCCCACUUCGUACCGGCGUCGAUCGAUCACGUUGAAGAAUCGCCCCUUUGCACCACGCUUUCCAAGGACGGGUACAGAGUCCGCACCGUUGAGCACUUGCUUUCCGCUUUGGAGGCCACUGGCGUCGACAAUUGCCGGAUCGAGGUUGUCAGCCUUGAUGCUGGAGAUCGCGAUGUGGAGGUUCCUAUUUUAGAUGGAUCAGCAGGUGAAUGGGUGGAGGCAAUAGAAGGGGUUGGUUUAAAGGUGGCGAAAGAUGCUUGUGGAGACAGUCUUGAGAAAAUGGCACCAUAUUUGGAGGAACCAGUGCAUGUCUGGAGGAAUGAUUCUUUUGUGAUUGCAUUCCCCUCAUCACAGGUCCACAUCAGCUGUGGGAUCAACUUUCCACAUGUCCCAUCUAUUGGCUGCCAGUGGUUCUCCUCUUCUAUUGAACACGAUUCCUUUUAUAAAAGGGAAAUUGCUCCUUCACGAACCUUUUGCAUUUACGAGGAGGUGGAGAAAAUGCGCAGCAGCGGAUUGAUAAAAGGAGGCUCACUAGAAAAUGCAUUGGUUUGUAGUGCAGAUAAAGGUUGGUUAAACCCGCCAUUGCGUUUUGAUGAGGAACCGUGUCGCCAUAAGGCCUUGGAUAUUAUUGGUGAUCUUUCUCUUUUUGCACGGUGCGGUAGCCAAGGGCUUCCAGUGGGACAUGUAGUUGCUUACAAGAGGGGAGGCUCGCAUUGUUAAGAUAAUAAGGCUAACCCCUGCUGUAGUUGGCUCAAGUGGGUCUCAAGUUAAUUCCUUCGAUGGGAUGCUUAAUGCCUUCUGCUGCAGCUUGUUGGUUAGGCAUAUACCUGUUACUACUUUGUGGAGCUUUUCAGAAUCAAUGCUGCCAAUGAAGUCCUCUCUCUUUCUCCCACAUCAACGAAAAAAAGACCACCCGUGGCCCUACCCAAAAUAGCAGGGGACAUAGAGAGAGGAAGCACAGAACGCAAAUCUAGGAAUUAGAAGAGGGAGCAGGGUAGGUAUAAAGGAGAGUAUCUAAUAGUCGAUCUCUAGAAACUUUCAGUGUAUGUCAUACCUUUGGAUGUAAUCAUCUCUUCUUAGUGCCUUUGUAGCAAUGAUACAUUGUUUGGAAAUUUGAAGGGUGAAAAUUGUCCUUCUGUGGCCCUACCCGAAAGAGCAGGGGAUGAGAGACAUCACACAAGACAAAUUUAGAAAUUGGA